UAGACUUAUUUUCAUUUUGAAUUUUUUAUAAAUUUUCUUUAUUAAGAAGCGUUUGAAUUUAUACGUUAUAUGCCUUUGAAGUUAAUUUACAGUUUAAAAACUACUUAGUAUUUAACGAAAAUAAUGAAUACCAUUUAAAUAUUCAAUCAUUACAAUUUAAUAACCAAUAUCUGUUGGAUGUACUUAUGACUUGGCAGGUAUUAUGCCCCAGGUUAACUCACUUCUAUUUUGUAACUUAGGCGGCACAAAACCACAACUAUUGAGAUCCUACAUGAGGACAGGCAAUUGGUUUCUACAUUUGUUUCUGGAAUUCUGCACAACAAAUCUCAUACAGUCCACGUUUUACUCUUGGGUGAAGUCUGAAGUCUCAAAUCCUCUCAUCUCAGUUUCAGCAGCUUUGGUCAUCACCCUACUCCGCUACUAUUCCCUUCGCCCACAAGCAUGGUCCAUUCGAGAAGAGAAAGCUCAACUCAGCGUAAUUCUCAAAGAAAUAAUAGACAAAGCAGGAGGUCGCCAUCCAUGAAUGGGCGUCGUCAGCCAAACAUAUACAAAUGCAAGUUAUGUGAUCGUUUUCAUGCUUUGAAGGUUUGUCCACGAUUCUUAGAUAUGACUCCAAGGCAACGUAACAUUGUCGUAUUAAAAGAGAUGUACUGUGUCAACUGCCUUGCGAGAAGCCAUCGUUUCCGAGACUGUCGGUCCGCAAACAUGUGUCAACGCUGCCAAAGACCACAUCACACACUCCUGCAUUCGAUGUACCCGGAAAUAAUGUCACGACAAAGCGAGCAAAAUGUCAACCAAACUAAUAGCAGAACGGCCAACAGACCAACCAAAACCCAAACCAAAUGGGUUAAAAACCAACGUUCCAAUCACACGCCAGGAUCAAACCAACAAAUUCUAUCCGAGGCAAUUCGUGCUUUAGCCUCCGUCUUAUGUUCAUCUUCCGGCCCGGCGGCAUGUCUAAAGUAAACUUUAGACUUAUUUUCAUUUUGAAUUUUUUAUAAAUUUUCUUUAUUAAGAAGCGUUUGAAUUUAUACGUUAUAUGCCUUUGAAGUUAAUUUACAGUUUAAAAACUACUUAGUAUUUAACGAAAAUAAUGAAUACCAUUUAAAUAUUCAAUCAUUACAAUUUAAUAACCAAUAUCUGUUGGAUGUACUUAUGACUUGGCAGGUAUUAUGCCCCAGGUUAACUCACUUCUAUUUUGUAAC